AUGGCGGUGGGCCCCGGCAACCCUCCCCCAACUGCGCCCACGUGGAUAGCGGGCAAGUUUCCCCCUGCCGUGUCGGCAACGCCAGCCAAAUCUCACGGCUGCGGAGAUUCGGAAGCUCCAGCCGCCGGCCCGGUGGACGGUGAUAUCGCGAGCUCACGGGUCCCUGGUUUCAGCCGGGCAGCCUUGCCCUUCGGCCUGGUCCGGCGGGAGCUGUCGUGCGAGGGCUACCCCAUCGACCUGCGCUGCCCCGGGAGCGACGUCAUCGUCAUCGAGAGCGCCAACUACGGGCGCACGGACGACAAGAUCUGCGACGCGGACCUCUUCCAGAUGGAGAACGUGCAGUGCUACCUGCCCGACGCCUUCAAGAUCAUGACCCAGAGAUGCAACAACAGGACUCAGUGCAUUGUCAUCACAGGGUCCGAUGUGUUUCCUGACCCCUGCCCCGGAACUUACAAAUACCUGGAGGUUCAGUACGAAUGUGUCCCUUACAAAGUGGAACAAAAAGUUUUCGUGUGUCCGGGGACGCUGCGGGGGAUCGUGGAGUCGGCGUAUGUGACGGAGGCGGAGCAGCAGUCCGGAGCGUGGUGCAAGGACCCGUUGCAAGCCGGGGACAAGAUCUACUACAUGCCCUGGACUCCGUACCGCACGGACACCUUGAUGGAGUACGCGUCGCUGGACGACUUCACGUCAGGGCGCCACACCACCACCUACAAGCUGCCGCACCGCGUGGACGGCACCGGCUUCGUGGUGUACGACGGGGCGGUCUUCUUCAACAAAGAGCGCACCAGGAACAUCGUCAAGUACGACCUGAGGACCCGCAUCAAGAGCGGCGAGGCCAUCAUCGCCAACGCCAACUACCACGACACCUCGCCCUACCGCUGGGGCGGCAAGUCCGACAUCGACCUGGCGGUGGACGAGAACGGCCUGUGGGUCAUCUACGCCACGGAGCAGAACAACGGCAUGAUGGUGGUCAGCCAGCUCAACCCCUACACCCUGCGCUUCGAGGGCACCUGGGACACCUCCUACGACAAGAGGUCGGCCUCCAACGCCUUCAUGGUCUGCGGCGUACUCUACGUGGUGCGCUCCGUCUACGAGGACAACGAGAGCGAGACCGGCAAGAACUCCAUCGACUACGCCUACAACACCAACCUGAACAGGGAGGAGUAUGUGGACAUCCCCUUCCCCAACCCCUACCAGCACGUGGCCUCCGUGGAUUACAACCCACGCGACAACCUGAUAUAUGUCUGGAACAACUACUUCAUCCUGAGGUACAUCCUGGAGUUUGGACCUCCAGACCCAGCCCAAGUGCCCACCACGGUCGAGACCACGUCCCUGGGUGUGACCCUCGCCAGGACCACCGCGCCCACCACCACCACCACCCUCGGCGAGAGAGCGUUGGCGACCACCACCCUGGGGGCGGGGGCCAAGGAGGGCAGCCAGGGUCCCCGGCCGGGCCCCAGAGAAACCGCCACCAAGCCGCCCCCCGUCCCCAGCCUCCUCCCCCUCCCCGAGAGGUUCUGCGAGGCGACGGAAGCCCGGGGCAUUGGCUGGCCUCGGAGCCAGAGGGGAACCAUGGUGGAGCGGCCGUGUCCGAAGGGCACGCGAGGCACGGUGACCUUCCUGUGCGUGGGAUCGACGGGCAUCUGGAACGCAAGGGGCCCGGACCUGAGCAACUGCACCUCGCACUGGGUGAAUCAAGUGGCGCAGAAGAUCCGGAGUGGGGAGAACGCCGCCAACUUGGCUAACGAGCUGGCCAAGCACACCAAAGGCCCCAUCUACGCGGGGGACGUGAGCUCGUCCGUGCGACUGAUGGAGCAGCUUGUCGACAUACUGGACGCCCAGCUUCAAGAGCUGCGACCGAGCGAGAAAGAUUCCGUGGGCCGCAGUUUCAACAAGCUCCAGAAAAGAGACAAGACGUGCAGAGUGUACAUUAAGGCCAUUGUGGACACGGUGGACAACCUGCUGAGACCGGAGGCGCUGCAGUCGUGGCGGGACAUGAACACGACGGAGCAAGCCCACGCCGCCACGCUGCUGCUCGACACGCUGGAGGAAGGUGCCUUCGUCCUGGCUGACAACCUCAUCGAGCCCACCACAGUCACCGUGCCCACCGAGAACAUAGUUCUAGAGGUGGGCGUGCUCAGUACAGAAGGACAGGUGAAGGACCUGAAGUUUCCUCAGGGCUACAUGGGAGGAAACUCCAUCCAUCUAUCAGGCAACACCAUCAAGCAGAACAGUCGGACAGCCAAGUUGGUCUUCACGUUGUACAAGAGCCUGGGGCAGUUCCUGACCACCGAGAACGCCACCAUCAAGAUGGCGGGCGACGGCAGCCGCAACUACACCUACGCCGUCAACUCGCACAUCAUCGCCGCCUCCAUCAACAAGGAGUCCACCCGCAUCUACGUGACCGAGCCCGUGGUCUUCACCCUGGAGCACAUCGACCCGGACAACUACUUCAAUGCAAACUGCUCGUUCUGGAGCUACUCGGAGCGCACGAUGAUGGGAUUCUGGUCCACCCAGGGCUGCAAGCUCGUCGACACCAACCGGACACACACCAAGUGCGAGUGCCGGCACCUCACCAACUUCGCCAUCAUCAUGGCCCACAAAGGAGUUGAGUUUGCCAACGGAAUCCACGAGCUGAUUCUCUCCAUUAUCACCUGGGUGGGAAUAGUCAUCUCCCUGGUGUGCCUGGCCAUUUGCAUCUUCACCUUCUGCUUCUUCCGCGGCCUCCAGAGUGACCGCAACACCAUCCACAAGAACCUCUGCAUCAACCUCUUUGUGGCUGAGUUCAUCUUCCUCGUGGGCAUCAACAAGGUCAACUACCAGAUCGCCUGCUCGGUGUUCGCUGGGGUGCUUCACUUUUUCUUCCUGGCCGCCUUUGUGUGGAUGUGCCUGGAAGGGGUGCAGCUCUACCUCAUGCUGGUGGAGGUCUUCGAGAGCGAGUACUCGCGGAAGAAGUACUUCUACCUCUGCGGCUACCUCAUCCCCGCCAUCAUCGUCGGGGUCUCGGCGGCAAUCGACUACAAGAGCUACGGCACCAAGAAAGCCUGCUGGCUCCGAUACGACAACCAUUUCAUCUGGAGUUUCAUUGGGCCAGUGACGUUCAUCAUUGCGGUCAACAUCAUCUUUCUGAUCAUCACAAUUUACAAGAUGGUGAAGCAUACUCCCACGCUGAAACCAGACUCCAGCAGAUUGGAGAACAUCAACUAUGAAGAUAAUAAGCUACACCUCAAGUCCUGGGUCCUGGGAGCAUUUGCCCUCCUGUGCCUGCUGGGCCUGUCAUGGGGAUUCGGCCUACUCUUCAUCAACGAGGAAUCGAUAGCCAUGGCCUACCUCUUCACCAUCUUCAACACCUUCCAGGGAAUGUUCAUUUUUAUAUUUUACUGCGCUCUCCAGAAAAAGGUGCGCAAGGAGUAUAUAAAGUGUUUCCGCCACGCCAACUGCUGCAACCGGCUGACCACAGAGACCUCCCACAGUUCAACCAAACCAUCCACCAACAGGACCAGCGCUCGCUACUCCUCCGGCAGUCAGAGUCGGAUCAGAAGGAUGUGGAAUGACACAGUGAGAAAGCAAUCAGAAUCUUCCUUUAUCUCAGGUGAAAUCAACAGCACCUCGACACUAAACCAAGGACAUGCACUGACCAAUGGGCGGGAUGCAAGUACAAUGGAUACUCUACCACUUAGCGGCAACUUUAACAACAGCUACUCCAUCCAGAACGGUGACUUUGUGGGCGACAGCGUGCAGGGCCUAGACUGCGGCCUGAGCCUGGGCGACACGGCCUUCGAGAAGAUGAUCAUCUCCGAGCUGGUGCACAACAACCUCCGUGCCGGAGGCCUCAAGGCCCAGGGGGCCGAGCGAGGCCUGCCCGCCAAGAUGGCCGCCCCCAGAGACGGCGGGGGGUGCGGCGGCGGCGGCAGCAGCAGCGAGGACGACGCCAUCGUGGCCGACUCCUCCUCGUCCCUGGCGAGGGGCGAGCGCCGGCACCCCGAGCUGGAGGCCCCGCUCAUCCCGCAGCGCACCCACUCCCUCUUGUACCACCAGCAGAAGCGGGGGCAGCCCCCGACACCGCCCCCGCCCCCCCCGCCCCCCGGGGCCGGGGACGCAAACUCCCCCAACCGGGACUCCCUCUACACCAGCAUGCCCAACCUGAGAGACUCGCCCGGCCCCGACAACGGCCCCCGCCCCGGAGACCAAGGCGAAGAAGAACUCUCGCCGUCCAAGAGGAGCGAGAACGAGGACCUUUACUACAAGAGCAUGCCCAACCUCGGGGGGGCAAACCACCUCCAAACGUACUAUCAGAUCAGUCGGGGCAACAGCGAUGGGUACAUUCUCCCGAUAAACAAGGAGGACUUGAUCCCAGAGGGGGAUGUGAGGGAACGACAGAUGCAACUGGUAACCAGUCUGUGAAACCCUAGCGUUGAGGACUCGCCUGAGAAGAUAAGAGACGGACUAAUGGACCUCUUCGGGUUCCUGGACCCUUCUGUGCGAGGGGAGGGGCCCCCGUGCGUCUUUUGACAAUGUACAGGAAAGUUCGCUGGGUCCUGCAGAUAUGGGGAGAACGUUUUUUUGUUGGGGGGGGGGGGUGGGGGGGUUUGGUGAAGAAACAAGACUCUCUCCGCUGAAACCAUUGUUCGGUCGCCAGAAAACCCAGGUCUAUUGUCCGCUCCCGACCUCUGGGGGACGGUGGGAGGAGAGACUGUGGCCAUUCAGAUACAAAAACGGUGUUGAAAUUGGUCGUGUCGUUGUGUAUAUAGUCGCACCUUGCCCGCCCCUUCCCACCCCACCCCAAAUCCAAGCCUCAGAUCCCAACCCUGGCCCAUUGCGUGUUAUAUAACGAAGAAGAAGUUGUCUACAGUAUCUUAGAGAUCCCAGGAAGGCUCCGCCAAGCUCCGGUUGGGACUGUCGGCCGACUUCCGGAAGCCAUUUGCGUUCCCAUUCUACAGAGCAAGGCCCAACCAGGCUUGGCCUCCAAAGCUCACCUUUGCUCAGCUGUAUAGUUACCUGUUCUCACCUGACAAACAGCCUAAAGAAAAUAUAUUUUGUUGUAAUGCUAGUGUAAAAUAAAAUCAAAUACGUUGUCGGACCCAAAUAUACGAAAGUUUUAAACGGAAUACAUUUGGUGAAAAUAUUGUGUGGAACUCCCAGAUGCACAAAUGAUUAAAAAAAAAUGUGGGGGGUUUUUUUCCCCAGAACUUUCCAUUGUGCAAAUUAAGCCAAAAGUCUCUCAAUUUUUUUGUUUCUGCGUUAUAAUAGCCUCUUGGUUUUUUUUCAAAAUAAAAAAAGGUUUCUCACCUCUCCUCUUGACUUCUCUCUCUCACCCCCCCGCUUUUUUAAUGGUUCCACGAGUCGUGGAAACUGAAUUAGGCCAUUCGGCCCAUCGAUGAAUUGAUGAAUGAUUGAACGCAUACUUGGUACGCAUACUAAAUCGCAAUGAAAUUGAUUGUUUUUGCGUGCCCGCGGUAUGCAAAGAGGAGCCACGCAAAGGGCACCGGG